AUGGACCAGCAUGACUCCAAGACCACGGCGCUCAAGACGAUAGCAGAAGGACAAUCAGGAAAGCAAGAUGUGAUCAAACAGCUCGCCGACCGAAGCAGUAGCGACGGCGGCACCUUUGGACAACUCCUCAACAACCCAUUCUUCACAGCGGGUUUCGGCCUUGCAGCAUUGGGAGCAGCGGCGCGGUAUGGCACACUCGGGCUGAGAAGAGGCGGGGAGCUGCUACGGCGGCGGAUGCUCGUCGACUUGGAAAUUACGAGACACGAUGAAUCGUACAGCUGGGUCUUGAACUGGAUGACGGCGCAUUAUCAACAGCAACUGGCGCCUGUGCCUGGUCGAAAAGAUGUUGGGAUGAUCGAGUAUAUGGUCCGCAAGCUCACGCCGGGUCUACAUCACCUGCAGAUGAAGACUGCAGUGUCGAAGACGGCUAGUGGGUCCGAGCAGACGGCGUUCUCACUUGUGCCUGGGCAUGGGAAGCAUGUAUUGAGGUAUAGGAAUGCCUUCAUCCUGGUCAAUCGGGAACGAGUGGGCAAGAGUUUCGAUGUCAAUGGGCAACCGUUCGAGACGAUAUCGUUGACGACGUUGUACUCGUUCCGUAACAUUUUCGAGGACAUCUUCCGCGAGGCACAUGAGAUGGCAUUGCAGAGUACGGAAGGUAAAACCGUCAUCUACACAAGCCGCAACAUGUCGUGGGAGCAGUCUGGUCAGCCGAAGCGGAGGAGGCCUUUCGAUUCGGUGGUUCUGGAAGAAGGGCUGUCGGACAAAAUACUGGGUGAUGUACGAGAGUUCUUGGACGCCAGGACAUGGUAUCUUGAUCGAGGCAUACCGUAUCGGAGAGGUUACUUGUUGCAUGGUCCACCAGGAACAGGCAAGACAUCGUUCGUGCAAGCUUUGGCAGGACGACUGGACUUCAACAUUGCCAUGCUCAGCCUCAGCCAGCGAGGCUUGACGGACGAUUUGCUCAAUCACUUACUACUAAACAUCCCACCUCGGACCAUUGUUCUGCUUGAAGACGCCGACGCCGCCUUCAGCAAUCGUAAGCAGCGAGACGCAGACGGUUACAGCGGCGCCAACGUUACUUACUCCGGUCUGCUCAAUGCGCUAGACGGCGUAGCAAGCGCGGAAGAGCGCAUCAUCUUCAUGACCACGAACCACAUAGACCGACUAGACGACGCUCUGAUCCGGCCGGGAAGGGUCGACAUGACGGUUCACCUGGGCAACGCUACAGAGUGGCAGAUGGAGCAGCUGUGGGAUCGCUUCUAUGCCCAGCAGGAUCAGGAUGGCGAUGGGAAGCGGAGGUUCAUGGAGAAGGCAAGGGGGUUUGGACUGGUCGACAACGUCAGUACUGCGGCACUGCAAGGACUGUUUCUAUACUCGAAGGAAGAACCAGAGGGUGCGAUCGCGAUGGUAGACCAGUUGGCGGCGAGUAUGCAGGCUCAGAGGCCGGCGAGCUCUGUCUCGCAAUGA